GGGUACGGACGACCGACCUAAGGUUUAUCUUACCCUAAUAAUAUUCCAUUCUCUCCUCUCUCCCUCCCGUCUCUUCCACCUCGAAUCCCUUUUCCAUCACCACCACCACCUCUACCUCUCUCUAUCCAUCAAUUUCUACCUUUUCCCUUGAAUAGGUUUGAGAAGUUUGGGAAAUCAUCAACCUCCUCAUUGAUCUGUUUUUCAAUCCUGCUCGACUGAAAUUUCUAUCCUCGUUUUCUCCCCGAUCUUCCCUGGCCACACCUCCCAGCAUAUCCGACCUCGAAUAAUUUAUUUACGAUCCGACGCUCCCAUACUUCCACACUCUCGCAUCUCCAUCUCGACUUCAGGUCUACAGGUCGACAGGUCCUACAUUGCCUGCAUCUACUAGGAACGAAACAGCUCUUCACGAAAAGAAAGUUGCCCGGGUUUAAAGAAAUCUUCAAUUCAUUCCAGAAGAUUAUCCUCUGAAGACUUCACUGUCAAGAAAAGGAUUAACCUAGAAUUUCAAGGCCUCGAUAUUCGCUUUGCACUGUUUUGCAUAUUCGAUUCGAUUAGUCUCAAAAGUUUGUGUUUUGCUACCUGAACACACUCGUCAACUUUCCACUUCCAACUAUUCUCGUACCAUAAGGAAUACUUGUUUCUCCAUCACCCCAUUCCCAUUCGCAAUCAUCUUUUCCGUCAUACCAAAAGUCUUAUUUAAUUAUCAACUUUUACUUUGAACACAAUCGAUUGAUGGCGCAUACGCAACAAUAAAUUUCCAACCUCACUCUUCAAUCAACAUCCCUUUGUCAACCCGACAACCACGAUAGGAUCUCAUUCAAUCCGAAGCUUCAUUGUUUAGUAGCAUCACUCAACUCGCUUGCUUGCUCGAUCAACUAGCAUACCUUCUACUACUCCCACGACGACUACUACUACAACUUUCAGCAAGAAAUCCUUUUUCUUGCUUCCCGACAAGGUUCCAGAGAAUCUCGUCGGUCCCCCUGAAACUUCGCCCAUCAUGGUUCCCGGAGGUGUAUGUGCUCAUCUGGAAUAUCAGAUCGAGGACAUGACAGACUAUGUGGCAGAAAUGACACAGAGACUUGUUGAUCCCAACACAACAUCUGUCGCACCAGAAUUCCGAAAGUUCGUUCUCGGACUCCUUUCAUCCACCCGUCUUCCUCACACCACCAUUCUCCUUGGUAUGAACUAUCUUUCCAACCGAAUUCAACAACACCCAAAGAUCAUUUCAAGAGGUGGUUCGAUGUGGAGACUCUUGACUGUUGGCUUGCUUCUGGGAAGUAAGUUCUUGGAUGACAACACCUUCCAGAAUAAGUCCUGGUCAGAGGUCAGUGGUAUCGCAGUUGCCGAACUCAACAGCAUGGAGCAUAGUUGGUUGGAGGCCAUCGACUGGAAUUUGUAUGUCGACCUCGACAACAGCGAUGCAUACCAAGCAUGGUUGGCAAAUUGGAGCCUCUGGUCUGCGGACCGAAAGAAGGUCAAGGCUGCUACCCUCGAGCGUCUUUCCGCUCCACCUACGCCUUUGGCUCCCAUCGAUACCAAUGUUUCGCGCCGUCCAUCCAACGCCAACUACCGAGGCUAUCCCAAGAGUGCUACCCAAGAGCGACAACAAUACAUUCAUUACGAGCAUCCUGCUUGGGCCAAUCAUUCAUAUCCUACCCCUCAGCAUACACCACCGUCUGCUCCGGAUUCGGGUGUCACCACUCCUGAAUACUUAAGUGCCACCAGCACAGCUCAGUAUGAUUGGAAUGCUGCUGCGUACAGUCAAUAUACGAAAGCAUGUAUGGCCGCUGUCAAUGCUCCUUAUGUUAUGCCCGAUAUGUCUACUCGAUUCCACAACCAAUGGCCUCACCAAUAUAGCCCUCACCAUUACAGUCCUUCUCAUUACUUUCACCAAUACAGCUUGAAUAUCUGGAACCCGCAGCCUUCAGAAUACUCUUCUCAAGGAAAGCAGCCAUACUUCAUGCCUCACCACCCAUAUGGAGGACACCAAGCUGUUGUUGGUUAAGUAAUCCUCAAUCGUUUAUCGAUCGGUUUAAUUCUCUACACCGGAUUACAUACGACACCAAUACUCGUCGUCACAAAAGUUCUUGUUUUCACUUAUUUCCUUUUAUCGGCUAUUUAAAGCACAUAUUACGUUUACAAAAAGAGGUAUCGUCAGCGGUCUACCUAGUCUCCUUUUAUCAAAUUCAAAGGUUACUCGAUAAUAAACUGCA